UUUUAAAGUAAAAGUUCGUUGAUGUGAAAAUUUGUGAAAACAAGCCAGUCAUCAUGAUCGACACCGAGGAGGACAUGAUCGCGCCGACGCCAACGGCCGCGGACUCGAAGAAAAUCACAGCUAUUGACCGCGACACGGUGCAUCGGAUCUGUUCCGGCCAAGUGGUGCUGAACUUGGCGAUCGCCGUAAAAGAACUGGUGGAGAACUCAAUCGACGCCGGUGCCACCGUGGUCGAGGUGAAGCUCAAAGAUUACGGCGCGGAACUGGUCGAAGUGGUGGACAACGGCAGUGGGGUAGAGCAGCGGAACUUUGAGGGCAUGACCGCGAAGUACCACACGUCGAAGCUGAGGGAGUUUUCCGAUCUGGCCGGGAUUGAGACGUUUGGGUUUAGGGGGGAAGCGCUGAGCUCGCUGUGUGCCCUGGCGGACAUGGUCAUCGUAACGAGACACGAAACGGCGCCGCAUGGGACGAAGCUGGAGCUGAACCAUCGCGGGGUCAUAACGAAGCGGAGUCCAAUUGCGAGGGCAGUUGGGACGACGGUGUCGUUGAGUAAUCUGUUUUCUACGCUGCCGGUGCGGAAGAAGGAGUUCCAGAAGAAUGUAAAGAAGGAGUUUUUCAAGAUGAGUCAGAUUUUGCAAGCUUACUGUUUGGUGUCAACGGGCGUUAGGAUCAUCUGCACGAAUCAGAAGAAGAAAGGUCAAAAGGAAGUGGUGAUGAGUACGCAGGGGACUGGUUCCGUGUUGGACAACAUAACGACAGUUUUCGGCACCAAACAGGCUGCCGAACUGGUCCAACUGAAGCAAGCUAUUGGCACGAAUGGAAAGAUUCUGGAUUUGAAUGAAAGUGACUUUGACGAGAAUAUCUCGAUGACACAGGAGGAAGUGGACAGUCUAAACUUGUCCAGGUAUACAAUCGAAGGUUACAUUUCCAGCUGCGCCCACGGUUCCGGACGCUCCGCGCGAGAUCGCCAAUUUUUCUUCGUAAACUCGCGACCCUGCGAACCCAAACAGAUCAUCAAGCUGGUCAACGAAACCUACCACAAGUACAACGCAAGCCACACUCCGUUCGUGUUCCUGAACCUGAAAAUGGACCGCGCCGACGUCGACGUCAACCUGACCCCGGACAAGCGCCAACUGCUGAUGAACAACGAAAAAAUCCUGCUACUCGCGCUCAAAAAGUCCCUGCUCAAAACGUUCGGCAACAUUCCGUCCACCUUCAAGAUGCAGAAUCUCAACGUGAGCGAAACCACGCGGCUGCUCAACAUUUCGUUCAAGUCGGAUCGCGGCACCGAGGAUGAGAGUGAGCGGGAGGAUAGCUUCACGACGAGUGGGGCGUCCCUGCGGCGACUGACGGACGCGUUUGGACGGAAGGAAGUGCCGCCGGUGAGCAGCAAGCGGAAGCGGGACAGUCCGGCCAAGCUGCCGAAGAUUGACGUGUUCAUGAUCUCUACGCCGAAGCAAGAGAAAGCAAGCUUUGAGGAUGAUGCGACACUGGAAAGGCUACCGAAAAUGGCGCGCAAUUCGACCAUGAUCGGUGAGGAUCGCGAUGCAACUGUGAAGAGUAGAUCUCCUCCUUCGAGCAAAGUCGAGAUCUUUCAAGUUGCGGAGAAAGUGGAUCGACCAGUAGAAAUUGCGGAACCGGUGGCGAGUAGUUCGAGUACGAAUGUUCUUUCAGCGCUCGACGUACCCGACGAGGUCCGGGUCAUCCGUUGUCGCAGUAAAAGUCCAAACGAAACGGUGCUGGAGCCACUCUGCAUGAAGCCGACGGAAACUUCAAUCGAGAUUGAGGAAUCGCCGCUGGAAGCGGAAACGUCCCUCGCGGUGAACGGGCAGCGCAACCUUGAAAUCGACAUGUCAUCGCUGAAGGAGCUGGUUGAUCGUGAGCGAAAACUGGAGCUACAGGAGGCCGCCCGGAAGCGGGUUUCGUUGAGCAAGCUAAAGUUCAAGUGUAAGAUUAAUCCGAACAGCAAUCGCGCUGCCGAGGACGAGCUGCAGAUGGAGAUCACGAAGGAAAAGUUUGGGAAGAUGGAGAUCAUUGGUCAGUUCAAUUUGGGCUUUAUAAUUGCGAGGUUGGACGCGGAUUUGUUCAUCAUCGAUCAGCACGCGACAGACGAAAAGUACAACUUUGAAGAUCUGCAGCGAAAUACGGUGCUGCAGAACCAGAAGCUGGUCGUGCCGCAGCCGCUCGAGUUGACCGCCGUAAACGAGAUGAUCCUGAUGGACAGCCUGGAAAUUUUCGAAAUGAACGGCUUUCAGUUUGAGGUCGAUGGCGGCGCGGAACCGACGAAGAAGAUCAAACUGGUGGCGAAACCGUUCAGCAAAAAUUGGGAGUUUGGAAAGGAGGACAUCGACGAGCUGAUCUUUAUGCUACAGGAUGCCGUCCCGAACACGGUGUGUCGACCGUCGCGAGUGCGCUCAAUGUUUGCCUCGCGAGCCUGCCGGAAGUCCGUGAUGAUUGGCAAGGCGCUGACGGUCGCAGAAAUGCGCCGGCUGGUCACGCACAUGGGCGAGAUCGAGCAACCUUGGAACUGUCCCCACGGACGACCUACGAUGCGGCACCUGGUGAACUUGACCAUGCUUGAGCAAACCACGCCGGAGCAGGAGCAUGACGAGCAGUAAAUUCACGGUAUGUACUUGUUAAACUUUUAUUUUGGGCCCAAUAUAUAUGUAUGUUCAAGUUACAAUCGA